AUGGUGUCGGACGACUCGUUCGCGGGUGUCAUCCGCGUGAACCUCGCGCUUCUCAGGCUCUCCGGCGUGGUGUCCUACGAAAAUGGGAGUAUCCGGCGGUCGAGCUCGCAGAACGUCCUCGGCGCGAUCGCGUACGGUUGUCUGUUCGCGUACGCGGGCCUCUACACGUACGAUUUCGCGUUGCACACGGUCUACCUCGACACCUGGAUGGAGUCAUUCGCGAUGAUACUCUCCCUCGUGGGCGGGCAGACGCGAUUCACGAUUCUCCUCUUAUUUCGCGGUAGGUUCGAGCGAUUACUGACAAUCUGCGAGGAACUCUGGACGACGUUGAGCGCGCCCGAAAGGAAGCACGUCCGCGAUUACGUCAAGACGACGAGGCAGUUGACUUACUACUAUCUGUUCGGGUGCGCGUUCACCAUCUUCUUUUACGCCGUGGCGAGUCUCUUCAUGGGACAGCGCGAUGACUCGUCGAACGCGACCACAAGGACCCUGCCGUACGCCUGUCCGGUCGAGGUCCAUCGGUCGCCCUAUUACGAAAUAAUGUACGUCGCGCAAUUGUGCAGCAUGAUAAACGUCGGUCUCACCUGCGCCGGUGCGGACACGGUCGGGCCGGUGCUCGUCUUGACCGUCUGCGGCCACUUCAAGGUCCUUAACACGCGAAUUUUGCACCUCAACGAUCGCGACCGGGUAAAUUCGGAAGGAUCGCGUUCAGCUCUCGAGUCGCUCGAGGAGAACGACGUAUCAAAAGAUCGUGCAAGAUUUAAUCUCGAGGCCUGCGUGUACUAUCAUCAGACGAUGCUCGAACUUUGCAAGGAAGUCGAGAGUCUGACCAACAGCAUCUUCUUGACGCAACUGCUCGGCAGUACGUACAACGUCUCCCUCGUGGGAUUUAAACUAGCGGGGGAUGAUCCUGAUAAAUUUAAAUAUGCAACGCAACUGUUAAUUGCAGUAAUUCAACUGUUUUUGUGUAACUGGGCGGCGAAUGUUCUUCUCACCGAGAGCCAGGACGUAGCGAGAGCGAUAUACUUCACGCCGUGGUAUCGUUUCCCGCAUCAACUAAAGAGAUCUCUAAAUAUUAUCACAAUGAGAUCUCAGAAACCAGCGCAGCUGACCGCCGGUUACAUUAUACCAUUAUCCUUGCAAACAUUCGCGUCUAUGGUGUCAUCCGCGGCAUCCUUUUUCACCAUGAUACGCAGCAUGAAUUGACAGUGUUAUCGAUGUAAGACGUACAUUUUUGUGCAUCGAGUAGAACCUGUGCGAUUGUUGACGUUUAUGAUUGUUGUAUCAUUAGCGUUAAUAUGCGGAUCGAACGGGUAUAAAUAAAGUCAAUGUAUAUAAUGUAUGAAAGUUAACACCCUACGAUAAAAUCGAACAACCAACGAGGACCCUAUGUAGGUCCAGAAGCAAGAUGUAGGUAGCCCAAUAGUUCUUAUUAUAUGAAUUCAUAUACCGUUUUUCCAUCCGUCUUGUGCGCCGGGUUUUUUUCGGACAUAACACAGUCUCGUUAGAUGGAAUAUUGUCGUCAGCAAACUCACGUAUUAAUCGAUGAACAAUAUAUAAUAUAUAUAUACUAUAUACUGUAUACGUAUAUGAUGUAUAUGUUAAUAAAUCUUAAUAUAUAAUCUUCAUCGCGUAUAUCUUCAUCAAGUGUUUGUGGCAGUGAUUAUUUACAGUGGACUGAGCCAGGAGGAAAAGAAUACAUCACGAUCUGAUUAACUCUUGCUACGCUAAGUUAACAUUUAGUUGAAAAGGACCUAAACCAAAGGUCGAAACGUCGCACGAAUAAUUUAUAUUAAACUUGGCCAGUUAGGGUCGACACAAACUUCUCCAUUGUUAACAUUUACUAAUUACCGUGCCUAAUUAUCGCGCAAUUAGAUAAAGACACGAUAAAAGCGGAUGGAAAGCUCGUUAGACACGACGGGCUUUCUCACGGAUUAACUUUGAACUUUAUACGAUCUGUUCUGUCCGUGGCGUUGACAAUGUCAGAAGAUUUAGCUGCGGAGACACUCCGCAGCUCUGCUGCGAUUGCUUAAAGUAACGAGGCAGGCGUUAACCUUCGCAGAAACUAAUCCGAGGAAAAUGUCGGCGAGAGAAAGGCUUUCGAUGU